AUGAUUGUCACAAAACUUCGUUACUGGUUUUAUUCAUUCCUAGUUCGCUUAUUCAUCUUGAAAUUUUUCCUCUUUUUUGCCCUCAGUCACUACCCCGUCAGUCAGUCCCAAUUCUACACAGGACACACGGACGGUGAGUCAAUCUAUUCAUACUUUAGUCAACAGGAAAUCUGCUCUCCUGGACCCCAACAUCAGCAUCUGAAUCCACUGCCAGAGGAGCACCAGUUGGCCGGCUUCUCUGAGGCUUUUAGCCAAACUCUGGAUCCUGCAUUGCCCACCGGCAGUCCCAACGGUCCUAGCCAGCACGAUCAGAUGGCUGGUCUUGUUGGAGGUGGUGGAAAACCGCAUCACCAUCGUCGUCGUCGGCGAAAACAGCCGCAUGGAGGAACACCAACUGGUACUGGCCUCGGGACUCCUGGUGAUAAUGGUGCCGGUGCAAGUCCGGGCCAGGACCAGACAAAUUCUUUGCUGGUACCAGAUCAAACCAGCGUUGUCGGUAAUGAAGAACAAAGAAGUGGAGUUAUUUGCCUGGGACAAAUGAGCGGUGGACAACCAGGUUUUGUGGAGACGAGGUCCGGCCAGCAAGAACAGCAUAUUGACCAGGCAUGA